AUGAAACUAGGGAAUGAAAAUCCAAAUUCAAUCACUUUGGUAAGCAUGCUUUCUGCCUGUACCCGUCUACUUGAUUUUAGAGCAGGAGAGUCCAUUUAUCACUACAUUGUUGUUAAUUGCAUUGGGAUAGAUGUUGCUUUGGGGACAACUCUCCUUGAGAUGUAUUCUAAGUGUGGGCACGUUAAGAAAGACUUCCAAGUUUUCAGUUCAAUGAGUGAGAAGAAUUUCCAGUAUUGGACAAUUAUGAUCUUUGGUUUUGCUGAUCAUGGUCAUGGAAAGGAUGCUAUCUCAUUGUUUACUCUUAUGGAACAAACUGGGCUAGUACCAGACAGCAUGCCAUUCUCUGUUAUCUUGUCAGCAUGUAGCCAUUUGGGCCAUGUACAGAAGGGUCGACAAUUUUUCAAUCAAAUGGUGGGAACGUAUGGUAUUCAGCUAACAUUGGAACAUUAUGGAUGCUUAGUAGAUUUGCUUGGAAGAGUUGGUCUCAUUGAAGAAGCUUAUGAGAUUAUCAAAAAUAUGCCAAUGGAGCCUAACUCUGUUAUACUAAGGAGCUUUUUGGGUGCUUGUAGAAACCAUGUUUUGGUUAAUUCUUUAGAUGAUAAACUCAGGAAACUCUUUAUAUCAUAG